UCUAUGUGGGAGGCAACCCACCACACUUGGGGAGGGUGCCAUUUCAAGCUAGUUAAAUCCACCAACUUUUGCCUAUAUAUGAACCCUCUCUUGGUUGGUUAUUUUCAUACCCCUAUUAAGUUCCCUUCUCAUUCACUUUUCAACAAUGGAAACAGCAACCAUGAUGUGCAAAACAGCCAUGUUAAUGUUGAUCUUCAUAGUGACACCGUCAAAUGCAUCGAUGAAUAUGCAGACAUAUAUAGUUCACAUGGACAGGACCAAGAUGACAACAACAACCUCGGAUCGAUGGUACGAAUCAGUGAUCGAAUCCGUCAAUGAACUCUUCGAUCAAGAAGAUCACGAGUCCGAAAAACCCGAGCUAGUUCAUGUCUACAAAACAGCUAUAUCUGGUUUUGCUGCAAAGCUAUCAACUAAACAAGUAGAAUCAUUGAAAAGACUAAAUGGUUUCAUCUCUGCUACACCUGAUGAAAUGUUGGCGUUACACACUACGCAUUCGCCUCAAUUUCUAGGCUUAGAACCGGGGAAAGGGCUCUGGAGUGGUUCGAAUUUGGAGUCUGACGUGAUAAUUGGUGUCGUGGAUUCCGGAAUUUGGCCGGAACAUGUUAGUUUCAACGACAUUGGUAUGUCUCCGGUACCAUCGAAAUGGAAAGGUGAAUGUGAGGAAGGUACGAAGUUUUCGAAAUCCAAUUGUAAUAAGAAACUCAUUGGUGCCAGAGCAUUUUUUGAAGGUUACGAGGCCGCGGUUGGUAAAAUCAACGAAACGGAAGAUUAUCGAUCUGCAAGAGAUGCGGAAGGGCAUGGGACACAUACUGCGUCAACUGCAGCCGGUAAUCUUGCACACGCGAGUAUUUUCGGUUUGGCCAAGGGUUUAGCUGGUGGAGUGAGGUACACAACGAGGAUCGCGGUAUAUAAAGCGUGUUGGUCUCAAGGUUGUGCUAGCUCUGAUAUACUUGCUGCCAUAGACCAAGCUAUUGCCGACGGUGUCGACGUGUUGUCACUCUCUUUAGGUGGUUCCGCUAAGCCUUAUCAUAGCGAUCUGAUUGCAAUAGGCGCAUUUCAAGCGAUUAAAAAUGGCAUUUCCGUUUCGUGCUCUGCUGGUAAUUCAGGUCCUUCGAGUUCAACCGUUUCUAAUACCGCGCCAUGGAUUAUGACCGUGGGUGCUAGCUACCUCGAUCGGAGCUUCGAAGCUAUUGUCGAGCUUGGAGACAGACAAAUUUUCGAGGGUUCAUCGUUAUAUAUCGGCAAAGCAUUAAAGCAAUUACCCCUGUUUUAUGGUGAUCAAAGAGCCGCAUUUUGUAUUGACGGCUCACUCAAGAAAAACCUUGUGAAAGGCAAAAUCGUAAUUUGCCAAAGGGGAAUUACGAGUCGAGCCGAGAAAGGGGAAGUAGUAAAAUCGGCCGGAGGUGCCGGAAUGUUACUUAUAAACUCGGUAAAUGAAGGUGAAGAACUUUUCGCUGACGCACACGUUUUACCGGCUUCUGCAUUAGGAGCCAUUGCGGGCAAAGCAAUCAAAGCCUACCUCAACUCAACUAACAAACCAACUGCGUCAAUCACAUUCAAAGGAACAGUUUACGGCAAGCCAGCACCAUUAAUGGCAGCAUUUUCGUCACGAGGACCGAACCGUGUUGGAUUAGACUUAUUAAAACCCGACGUAACCGCACCGGGGAUGAACAUAUUAGCCGCCUGGCCACCUUCAACUAGUCCAACACAACUAAAAAGUGACAAAAGGACAGUCCUUUUCAACAUUGCUUCAGGCACAUCAAUGUCUUGCCCACAUGUAAGCGGCUUAGCCGCACUUCUUAAAUCAGUACACAAAGAUUGGUCCCCGGCCGCAAUCAAAUCGGCACUUAUGACGACCGCAUACGUCCACGACAACUUGAACCGACACAUCCUCGAUGUUGCUUUUAGUACACCAACCAACGCCACACCUUUCGCAUACGGUUCGGGACAUGUGGACCCCCAAAAAGCUUCUGAUCCGGGAUUAAUUUACGACAUUACCCCGCAAGAUUAUCAAAAUUACUUGUGCACAUUAAAUUAUUCAGCUUCCGAUAUGGCAUUAUUUGCAGGGGAUGGUUUUAAGUGCCCUAAAGCUUCUUCAACCAUGGAACCAGGUGACUUGAAUUACCCUACAUUUGCAGUGAACUUCAAAAAAAACAGCAAAAGCAACAUUGUAACCUUAAAAAGGACAGUAACCCAUGUUGGGAUUCCUAAUGUUACGUACACAGUACAAAUGAAUGAACCAGAUGGGGUGUCAGUGAUGGUCGAGCCACAGGUUUUGAGGUUCAAAAAACCAGGCGAGAAGCUUAGUUAUAAGGUUACUUUCAUGCAAAAGAAAGGGUUUAUGGUCCAAGGUGGUUCCUUUGGGGUUUUAGAAUGGGUGUAUUUGAAUAUGUACCAUGUUAGAAGCUCAAUUGCAGUGACUUGGAUUUAGAUGUUGAAUUUGUUAGGUUUCAACAUGAAAAAAAGAGAGAAGGAAAUUUCGAUGGUUUUCUAACCAUUAAAAGAAUGAUAUUUGAUUGUGUCAACCAUUAAUAAAAUAUUUGCAUAAAAAUAA